AUGUUGACAUUCAAGCAAUGGCAAAAUGACCAGAGUCCUAGACAUCAACUAGAUUCAGUGGCACAAUCAGAUCCAUACUCUUUGGUCGAUAAAAACUUACCUAAAGUAACUGUAUCCCCUGAAAAUUUGGAUCUCAUACAGUUCAACCAUUGUCUUGUUCUCCCUUCAUCACUAAAGUGGCUGCUUCCUAAGAGUAUCAUCAAUCUAACGCACAUUGGUGUUAUUUCUGGGACAUUACAAAAUGAUAGUAAUACCGACCCUCAAUCUAUGAAGAUUGUAUCAGGGAUGUACGACACCGAAGAUAGCAUUACAGGCUCUUCUACAGAAGAGUUCCUAAUAAACUACAAUCUAUGGAAGCUCCAAGAUACUGUCAUUGUAAUCAUCGAGGAAAACGAAAUGAAGUAUCCUACGAUCGUAACAAAUUUCAUGACAAGACAGUUAGCUCAGUUGAUUGGCAAUGUAUGUGAACGUACAAUACUAGUAAAUUCAGACAGAUUGACAGAGUUGAAAACGCUUACAGAUCUUAUCCCUCCCGAGUUUAUCACUGGAUCUAUCACCAACUUGAUUCUAUCGCUAAAGGAUAAGAGCGCAAAAGUGUUAGUGGUACCUGCAGAAGGUCCAAGCGGUUUUGAGAAAUACAAUUUCAAUGUUGUCGAUUCACUAGUUGAUGAAAUGUCAAAACUGCUUUGCUCGUAUCCAUCGCAGACAGACUAUUACGUAUCAGAGUGCAUAAAACUUUGGAAAUUGGAUGGAUGUACUACAACUCAAGGUGGAUUAUAUAUUUAG